AUGCCCAUUGCUCCUCGCCAAGGCCGCAAAGGGGGGAAGAUAUCCUCCUCGCCGGCGAUCGCCUCGUCGGACUCGCCGUCGGCAGUGUCGCCUGGCUCGGUGCUGCCUGGAAACAUCGGCGGCGCUCUCCCCACGGACCCCAAUACGACACUGCAAUUCAACAUCGAGGCUCUCAUGGGUAAGAAGCGUCGCAGCCCCUCCAAGGCAAAGGCCGUGGCACGCGCGAACGAGUUCUUUGCAUCCGCAUCUCCGGGCACGGAAGCAGCCAAGGCAGUCAGUGACCGAGGGAGCGCUGGCGCCACCGCUGCUGCGGGAUCCACCAGCACCCCUGUACCGGCCGGUCCCGCGGAGACGAUCGCGAACGCCUCGCUUGUGACGCCGUCUGGCGCGGACUCGAACGUCUUCAAGUUCGACCUCGACGCCAUUCAGCAAGUUGGCCAGGGCGUCGUGUUCGGCGGUAACAAGACGAUGCGAACAGACUCGCACAAGCCCGAGUCGGACCCAAAUGUGGUGCUUGCAAAGUUGAAACAGCUCAUCGCCUUGCAGGAUGCCCAAUUGUAUGGUAGCAGCGCCACGACUGCGUACGUCGAGAUCGACGAAGUCCUCGGAUUCAACGAGGCCACCUCGCACCAAGUAGUGCUGCUUCAGCGACCCUACGCGGCUCUGCGUCUCGCUGUCGCGCUUAGCCGCGAGAGCAAAAAGCGCGUGCUGGUGGUGGUGCCACAUUACUCGGACGUCUCCGACAUUGCAGCGGCACUGCGAGCGCUGAGCCCCUCUUGCCUCUCUGUCGGCGAGCUGAGCGGGCAGUCCUUUGUCGGCGAGGCGGGCACAGCACUGUGGGUGACGGACGUGGACACGGCACUUGUGUACCUGACGUCGCAGCGCGGUAUGGGGCCCUUCACGCAUCUCGUGCUGCCCAACUUGACCCGCAUGAACCCGCUCGUCUCCUACUUCUUGUGGGGGCUGCGGGAGCGCGUGUAUCGGCAGAGCGCCAGUCUGGACAAGACCGCGCCGCCGCUGCACGUCAUCGUGAGUGUCAGCGGUGCCAUGACGGUGCGGAUGCAGCAGUUCUUCGGGAAGCAGACGGUGGCGACGCCAAGCACAGCACUUGUGCAGCCCCUCGUCGAGUUUUCGUAUGAUGAGGCGAACGCGCUGGCAGGAAUGGACGUGCUGGAUGUCACAAUCGAUGGGUCUGGCAAGUACCCUGGCCCACACCGCAAAGUCAUUGAUCACUCCGUGCAGAUGGCGGCGGCGCUGGUGAGCUGCAUUUUGUCUUGCUCUGUUGCGUGCCCGCAAGCGAUUUACAUCUUCACUGGUGACUCACGCGAGAUGAUUGACGCGCUACACAAAGAGCGCCUGCUCGACACGACGGUGUACGCUGGGCGCUUCCCCUCCAAGGAAGACGCCGGUGACACGCCUUCGAAGCAUCGCGUGUGCGUAUUGCACUCGGUUGUCUCCUUCACGAACUACAACAACGAGGAUAUAACGUUUGUGCUCGAUAUGGCGACAACUCGCCGCUUCGCCGUGCAGAAUAAGUCGGAGGGCUUCAUGGCUUCGAGUGCGUCGGAGUGGGCGUCAAAGAUGGACGUGGAGGAGCGCCGGCAGCUGCUUGGCACCAAGUACCCUGGCUGCUACGUCGCCCUGUACCCGCCGGCGGCCGAUGUCGUGCUGCCCGCCACCGAGACUCCACAGCCGACGGUCUACGAGGUGGAGGACGCGUUGCUGCAGUGUUCCCGAGCGCAGCUGCCGAUCCAGCGUGCGAGCCAGGAGAUGGUGUGCCCUGUGGAGGCGGGGAGCAUGGAGCAGGUGCAGCACAGCCUCUCGGAGAAGUGCUUCAUUGCGAACUUGUCCGACUUCAGGCUAACCUUCACGGGCGAGAUAGCGUCGCGACUGCCGCUCGAGGUGGAUUUGUCUCAUUUUGUCAUGAACUGCUGCACGCUUGGCCACAGCGAGGUCGGCGUUAUUGUGGCCGGCGUCUGCGCGCUUCCGUACCUCUUUCCAACCGGCGAGUCCGCAGAGGCGUUCGCCUCAUGGAAAAGGAGCGUUAUCGAGACGCGUCAGGAGUACGCUGGCGAUGUUGCGAAUCAAAGCGAUCUCUUAGCGGAUGUGCUCGUGUUCCUGGAGUGGUGGCGUCUCAAGGUGAGCGGCGCCACUACAGUGGACUUUGUGGGGAAGUUGCAUCUAAAAGAGGAUCGCCUCGAGCAGGUGCGCAGCCUCAUCACCUACCUGCGCGUCCAGAUCUCUGACUACGCUUUUGUCGACGACCUCGAGGACGCGGCGACGCUGUCAGCGGUGAUGCAGAGCAUCAAAUCGAAUGCGUCCAUCUUCACCUUCUUCGAGGCUGUCGCCCUCGCUCGCCGGCUCUUCUUUGUACGCGACGCCGGCGCCAUCAACAUCAAAGAUCGGGCCGGCGCCUUGGUCUUUGUGCGGACGGCGAAGAAGGUUGUGCCCAACACAGCCAGUCCGAGCAGCGUGACAUGGGAGUCCGGCACGGCCUUGGUCGCGGUGGACUUGCGUAAUCUCGCUAGCAACAUCAUCUGUGCCCGCGUUUCGGCGGUCAAUAACACCUACCUGUUUGCAGCGCUGCUGCUCUUGUAUCCGCAGGUCGAGUACUCUGCCCCAGUCGAGGUGCCCUCCAGGGGUGGCCGCAUCGUGUACUUUGGCAUCACGUGCAACCGCCAGAUGAAGCGCUUUCGCGUCAGCAUCUCUGAGGCUGCGCAGAUUCUUGAUUUCCGUGAGAAGUGGAGCCGUGCGAUAAGGUACCUGCAGGUCCUCCGUACUGCAAGGAAGCCGCUGUCGCGAUACAAGUUCAACUUUAUGCUAAAGGAAGAAGACCGCCACUUCGACUUGGAGGAGCUGCAUGCGGAGGUGCAGCAGGAGUUACAGAACCUCGUGACCGAGCUAGAAGUGGUGGAGCAUCAGGCAAGCUUUAUCACGCACGGGGUGCACUGCCUCGCGCCAAAGCCCGUGUCAGGGGCAAUGGACGGCGUCGAGGCAUCCGACGUGGAUGUAACCAAGAAGUUCCACGACGGCGACCUCUGGACAAGCAUCUAUGCCUCCAAGACGGACACGCCAGCAACCAUGGCAGCGGCCAACGCGGCGGCUGUGGGCAUCCCCUCCAACAUCGCGUUCACUGGAGCACAAUCGCCGGCCCUUACGUUCCCGACUAGUGCGGUCAGUAUCGAUGAUGAUGAGGACGACGAAGUAGAGGUGAUGGGGGAACUGUACUUCCGCAUGAAUGGCCCUAUCAUCGACGACGACGAGUAG